CUUAAUAAAUAGCGACUCGAUCCCAAUUGUCAUUCCAGAUUCUCUACGAAACAACUUUGCGAUAGCACAUAUUUAAACUGUACACCCCCUCGCGCAUCUUAGACAUUGAUUCUUGCCUUCACCACAAUCCUGAUUCAAUUUUUGCGAAGCACAAAGCAAGCAAACUAUUCCGAUCUUAACAUACUCCAUACACGAGGCAAUCCAACUUCGUGUUCUCGUCGACCCAACCUUCACAUCUACAUAAUCCACAAUGCCUUUCACCGCAAGUGAUAUCUGCAAGAUCAUUCUUGCCGUCAUCCUCCCGCCCCUAGGUGUCUUCUUAGAGCGAGGAUGCGGUGCCGACUUCUGCAUCAACAUCUUACUCACCAUUCUGGGUUACAUCCCGGGUAUCAUCCACGCGCUGUACAUUAUUUUGAAAUAUUAAUGCGCCCAAAUAACCCACCCUUUCCUUCCGCAUUUUUCGUCAUGCAGCGACAGCAUAGCAACUCUCUGCCAUAGACAACACAAGACGGUUGGGCCAAUGGCGUGGUGGCACAGGGAUUCGUGAUGCUACGCGGCGUCCUGCGUGGAUCCAGCCAUCUCAUUUUCUCUUCGACGCUAGAGCGGGGGUGGGUAACGAAGUGCCGUUUUUCGGGUCUGACCGACGUCACCCGAUCCUACCUCUGUUUCAGCCUGCUUAAUCUUCUUCGAUAAUUCAUCAUUGCAACGAUCAGUUGUACGAACGACCGACCGACCGACCGACCUGGUAAUGGCAAAUGGCAUGGGAAUCCGGGACCAGUUGAACAUGGGCUGUUA